CAGACAUUGUACAAACUUUUGCAAAAUCCUGUGUGCACGUACCCCUGCGAGACGGAAAAUUCUAAAAAAUCACGUUAAGGAGACCACAGCGAUAUGUGGUCUAUCUGGUGAGGAAGAGGGAACUGUAGGGUUGAAUCGGGGCGCGACAGAGGUCGCCUACUCCCUGUUUCUCCCUCAACCACCACGCUGCCUCGUCUCCCCCGUUGCCUCCAUUGCUGCCAGUCUCCAAGUAACUGCAGCCUCGCUUCCUCUCGAAACUUUUCCUCUCAAAAUCAAGGUGGAAGCAAGUCCCCACCUAGAACGACCCGCACCCCACUGCUCCCAAAUAACCCCCACUGUCGACGAAAUAUUUCUAACAUGACAAGCUUGACCUGCUCAAUGCCGCCACCUCCUCCACCCCCACCCCGGAGACCAAAUGAAAACAAAGUUGAACAUGUGACAGAAAAAGUGGAAGAAGAUGAAGACAAGGAAAAAAAGGAAGGUGAAGACAAGGAAAAGAAGGAAAGUGAAGUCAAGGAAAAGAAGGAAAGUGAAGUCAAGGAAAAGAAGGAAGAACCAGACCGUAGUCAAAGAGGCAGGGACGGUCCAGUAGAGAGGAUCAGCGUUGGUGAUUCUCCACCACGGCAAAUCCGUCCUCGAGGAAGGGCACGCGGGUCGGUUCCAGGGGGAUUUGGGCGACGUCAGCCCUACCCCCUUCGUGAUGGCCGAAGUGUACGGCCGUACAGGGCACCCACCCCCAUCCAACCCAACCAGGCUGUGAACCCUGGCGCUCCCAUCCCAGCGAAUAAUCUCCGGCGGAAUGUUUAUGCAUAUCGACAUUGUUUUGCCUGCGGGGCAAUGGCCCACCCACGGGCCCCUUCAUGCAGCCAAUGUCGAGUCCGCUUCGCCGAUCGACGAUGCGGUCUUUGCUUCGCGCCUGUAGGAGCUGACAUGGAGAUCACGGGGCACAUCUGCUUUUUGUGUGGAAGCGUGUACGAGAUCGUGGGGGUCUACUCUUCAGUAUAAGUUUUUUGGACAAUUAAAAAUAUGAAAAUAAACU